AUGACAGGAUUUCAACUGUGUUGUGCCGUCACGAUCUGCUGCAUCUUUGGCAUCGCUGCACAACCAGGAGACCCCGGCUCCAGUAACAUCAGUGAGCCAUUCCUAUUGGUAGCUGACAGGAAUGGAGAAAUCAUUCUUCAAGUUAACAUCACUUCCGGAUCGAACACCACGCUUCCGCUCGGAGAUGUAGGAGAGCCCAGAGCCCUGGACCACGACCCGCUCACGGACUACGUGUACUGGUCAGAUAACCAGAACCAGAAAAUCCACCGGGCUCGUCGUGAUGGAAGUGGCAGGGAGACCAUCUUAGACAUCAGCUAUGUCAAUGGCCUGGCGUUGGACCACGCUAGAGGGGAUAUCUACUGGACUAAUAGUUCUGAACUUACCAUCUCUGUAGCAAAGAUGGAUGGAUCGUCCACUAGAACACUUCUGACGUUAUCAGCCGUCAGCCGUCCUUAUGACCUGGUCCUAGACCCCAGGAAUGGACUCAUGUACUGGGCGGACGAUGGUAAUGAGACAAUUGCCCGUGCUGCGAUGGACGGCAGUAACCCAACCGCCAUCAUCACGGGCGUGUCUGAUCCCCGCGCCGUUACAAUAGACUAUAGAGAGGACCGGCUGUACUACUCUGAUCGGUACCGCGUGUACAGCUCAGACCUGCUGGGUAACGAUAUCCAACAACUGCUGUAUGAAUCCGGGACGGGGGUGCGGGGGAUUGCUGUUGACGAGAACUACGUCUACUGGUCGUCUCGAUAUCGUCGUGAUUCAUCAAAGCCAUGGCAAGGGAAAGUCGGAAUGUUAUCCAAGUCAGACUUGACCAAGACUGUCCUGGUGGAGGGUCUGGCAUCGCCAUUCGACAUCCGCCUGUCCACGGCAGCGCCUCCUGCGAUCCGCUGCCCCCUCGGGUACUUCCGGUGCGGACACGGACAUGCCUGCACCCUGACCUGGAGGCGGUGUGACGGGAGGACGGACUGUUCGGACGGGAGUGACGAGGACGGCUGUGAGUGCCUGCCGAUUCCUGUGGAUUUCAACCUCGGCGGUAGACUUACAAUGUUACCCAAUCAGCUGGGCCAGACGACGUUUGAGGAGAUACGGAAUUCCUCUGCUGUGGACUUGCUCAUCGGUUCGCCCACAAACGGACAGAACCGACAUCCCGAGUUCCGGGAAUUCGCAUCUACAGUGAUUUUCCCGCAAUGUGCUGUACCCAAAGAGAACGACACUACCUGCUCUUUGUCUCGUCAUGCAGACAACGCGACCUCUUGCAUGAACAAACCACUGCUACCGUGCCGUUCGUGGUGUGAGGAAGUCCUCAACACGGCUGAUACCCGGAUGAAGAAGCGGUUCCCUACCUGUGAC